CCAAAAGUUCUGGCCGGGAUCGCGAGACGAGACGAAUGAUGUAAUCCGUCAGCCUCGGAACGCCCAAAAAGGCAUAGUCUACGACUUUCACUCUGCACCAGCCCCAAAGUACGCAACAGAGUCGCGUCGUCAACUUCAAUAAUCAAAGCCAUCUACGCCAAUCUCAACAUGGCAAGUCCUCAACUACCCAUGGCGCCCUCCGCAUCUCCCAUAAUAUACUUUGGUUACGGUUCAAAUCUCUGGCUUCACCAAAUGACGACACGCUGCCCGACGUCGACCUACCUAGGAGUCGCCCGCCUACCAAACUACCAGUGGAUAAUAAACGACCGCGGUUACGCGAACGUCGUCGAAGUGACCGAUAGUAACAGCACAUCCAUGUCUCCUUACGACGACGUAGUCUUUGGUCUCGUCUAUUCACUUGAAGCAGAAGAUGAAAAGAGACUAGACAAGAACGAAGGCGUGCCCGUGGCUUACACAAAAGAGAUGCUACAAUGCGAGUUCUGGCCUUCUGACACAGAGCACAAAGUGGAUACUAGCAAAGAUCCGGAAAAGAAGGAGGACAUGCUAGUUUACAUCGAUAGGAAUCGUGUCCAGCCGGAUAAGCCGCGAGAGGAGUAUAUCUACAGAAUGAACCAAGGGAUCACAGAUGCUGUGAAGCUAGGUGUGCCAGAAGACUAUGUGAGGGAUGUCAUGAGGAAGUAUAUUCCGGCUCAGGAAGAUGACGAUGGAAAAGAAGGGGAAAGGGAGAGGAUGGCGGAGUUUGCUAGAGGGCAAGCGGCAGAAUUCAGGGAUGAGAGUGGUGUAUUUCAAUAAGAUAUCGGUAUGGCAGUCACGGUGUGUUGGCAUGUAGCGUCACAGAAGUGGAAUGGCGGAAGAAAGAAGGAAUUGACUGAGCUAAUAAACUAGAUGCCGUGCGAAUGUGAAGCAAACCACCAAGAACGUCCGUAGAC